AUGGUACCAGUGGUAGUACCUGUAGUAGUUCCAGUGGUUGUUCCAGUGGUAGUUGCAGUGAUAGUAUCUGUGGUAGUUCCUGUUGUUGUUCCUGUAGUAGUUCCUGUGGUAGUUGCAGUGCUGGUACCCAUAGUAGUAUCUGUAGUAGUUACAGUUGUAGUACCUGUCGUGGUGUCAGUAGUAGUUCCUGUGGUAGCACCUGUAGUAGUUCCAGUGGUAGUUCCAGUGGUGGUACCAGAAGUACUUCCAGUUGUAGUACCUGUUGUGGUGUCAGUGGUAGUUCCUGUACUAGUACCUGUAGUAGUUCCAGUGGUAGUUCCAGUGGUGGUACCAGUGGUAGUUCCAGUUGUAGUACCUGCUGUGGUGUCAGUGGUAGUUCCUGUACUAGUACCUGUAGUAGUUCUAGUGGUAGUUCCAGUUGUAGUACCUGUUGUGGUGUCAGUGGUAGUUCUUGUAGUAAUACCUGUAGUAGUUCCAGUGGUAGUUCCAGUGGUGGUACCAUUGGUAGUUCCAGUUGUAGUACCUGUUGUGGUAUCAGUGGUAGUUCCUGUGGCAGCACCUGUAGUAGUUCCAGUUGUGAUUCCAGUGGUAGUUCCAGUGGUGGUACCAGUGGUAGCUCCUGUGAUGGUACCAGUGGUAGUUCCAGUGGUGGUACCAGUGGUAGUUCCAGUUGUAGUAACUGUUGUGGUGUCAGUGGUAGUUCCUGUAGUAGUACCUGUAGUAGUUCCAGUCGUAGUUCCAGUGGUGGUACCAGUGGUACUUCCAGUUGUAGUACCUGUUGUGGUGUCAGUGGUAGUUCCUGUACUAGUACCUGUAGUAGUUCCAGUGGUAGUUCCAGUAGUGGUACCAGUGGUAGUUCCAGUUGUAGUACCUGCUGUGGUGUCAGUGGUAGUUCCUGUACUAGUACUUGUAGUAGUUCCAGUGGUAGUUCCAGUUGUAGUACCUGUUGUGGUGUCAGUGGUAGUUCCUGUAGUAGUACCUGUAGUAGUUCCAGUGGUAGUUCCAGUGGUGGUACCAUUGGUAGUUCCAGUUGUAGUACCUGUUGUGGUAUCAGUGGUAGUUCCUGUGGCAGCACCUGUAGUAGUUCCAGUUGUGAUUCCAGUGGUAGUUCCAGUGGUGGUACCAGUGGUAGCUCCUGUGGUGGUACCAAUGGUAGUUCCAGUGGUGGUACCAGUGGUAGUUCCAGUUGUAGUACCUGUUGUGGUGUCAGUGGUAGUUCCUGUAGUAGUACCUGUAGUAGUUCCAGUGGUAGUUCCAGUGGUGGUACCAGUGGUAGUUCCUGUGGUAGUACUUGUAGUAGUUCCAGUUGUGAUUCCAGUGGUAGCUCCAGUGGUGAUACCAGUUGCUGUUCCAGUGGUGGUACCAGUGGUAGUUCCAGUUGUAGUACCUACUGUGGUGUCAGUGGUAGUUCCUGUGAUAGUACCUGUAGUACUUCCAGUUGUGGUUCCAGUGGUAGUUCCAGUUGUUGUUCUAGUGGUAGUUCCAAUUGUAGUACCUGUUGUGGUGUCAGUGGUAGUUCCUGUGGUAUUACCUGUAGUAGUUCCAGUUGUGGUUCCAGUGGUAGUUCCAGUUGUUGUUCCAUUGGUAGUUUCAGUUGCAGUACCAGUUGUGGUGUCAGUGGUAGUCCCUGUGGUAGUGCCUGUAGUAGUUCCACUUGUUGUUGCAGUGGUAGUUCCAGUGGUAACUGUUGUGGUGUCAGUGGUAGUUCUUGUGGUAGUACCUGUAGUACUUACAGUUGUGGUUCCAGUGGUAGUUCCUGUUGUUGUUCCAGUGGUAGUUCCAGCUGUAGUAUCUGUUGUGGUGUCAGUGGUAGUUCCUGUGGUAGUACCUGUAGUACUUCCAGUUGUGUUUCCAGUGGUAGUUCCUGAGGUGGCACUAAUGGUAGUUCCAGUUGUAAUACCUGUUGUGGUGUCAGUGGUUGUUCCUGAAGUAGUACCUGUAGUUGUUCCAGUAGUUGUUCCAGUGGUAGUUCCAGUGGUGGUAACAGUGGUAGUUCCAGUGGUGGUACCAGUGGUAGUUCCAGUUCUAGUACCUGUUGUGGUGUCAGUGGUAGUUCCUGUAUUAGUAUCAGUGGUAGUUACCAUUGUGGUACUAGAGGUAGUUCCACUUGUAGUACCUGUUGUGGUGUCAGUGGUAGUUCCAGUUGUGGUUCCAGUGGUUGGUCCACUUGUAGUACCUGUUGUGGUGCUAGUGGUAGUUCCUGUAGUAGUUCCAAUGGUAGUUGCUGUUGUAGUACCUGUGAUUGUUUCAGGGGUAUAA